AUGGAUGAAAAAAGGUGGCCAGUUGCUCAAAAUGAAGCUCAAUUGCAACACGACUCCGAUGAAGAUGAAGCGCUCUCGUUGAGUGAUCUCCCGCUCAUUCAUCAAUGGAGAAAAGGAAUUGAAAACAAUAACAGCAAUUUUCACUGCGAAAAAGUCGGAGAAGAUCAGGAAUUUGAUUUCUGCGCUCUCUCAAUGGAAUCGGAAAUGUGCGCGGCCGAUGAGGUAUUUUUCAAGGGGCAAAUCCUGCCGCUGCGCCACUCCGUGAGCUCGGAGAAGGCGCUGUUACAAAAUUACGACCCUCGCCGCCGGAGCUGCUCGAUUUCCCGAUCGGAUUCGAUGGAUCACUACUAUUCCAGUAGAAGCAGCAGCAUCAGCAGCGGCACCUCCUCCUCCUCCACCUCCUCUUCCGCCACCGCCAAAUACAAUAAGCCUAAAUUGCCGCCUCGCAUUCAAUUCCACUCUCACCCUAGCCCCUCGCCGCGCCUGAAUUUCCCUAGCAGCCGCUACGCCGCCGUGACUCACAGAAAUUCCGUUAAGAAUUCGUCGAUCUGGAAUGUGCUGCGGUUAGGUAUCGUCACGCCGCCGCCGGAGAUCGCGUUCCGCGAUCUGAAAGCGCGAUCCGGAAAUUCCGGCAGCCGGCGAAGCACCAGCAGCAACUCCAGCGGCGGCGACGGGAGCAAAAAGAAGCUGCGGCCGCGGAUCCUCGGCGGCGGGUGCAGAUGCGCCGCCGACGCGGUGGAGACGAUCGCGCCAAGAGUGGUGAUCAUCAAGCGGAGCGCGAACGAUGAUGGCGAAGUCGCGGCGGCGCUGCAUCGCGAUGAUCCGAAAAUGGCGAAGAAGCAGGCGGCGAAGAAGCAUAUCUCGCAUCAUCGGACGUUUGAAUGGCUGAAACAGCUCACCGUGGAAGGCGCCGCUGAUCAAAUUCAAUCGUAG